UCCCUGUGUGUCUGUCUGACUCCCAGUCUGUCUGUCUGACUCCCCGUCUGUCUGUCUGACUCCCAGUCUGUCUGUCUGACUCCCAGUCUGUCUGUCUGACUCCCAGUCUGUCUGUGUGUCUGUCUGACUCCCCGUCUGUCUGUCUGACUCCCAGUCUGUCUGUCUGACUCCCGGGUUGUCAAUAGAUAAAGGUAUUGUGUGAACAAGGUUAACAACUCUCUGUCCUCUUCUCAAAUCCAACCUAAUCAUUCAUGUCCUAUUUGUCAAAGUCAUUUAAAAGCACAUUUCAGUGAUACUGGCAUGUAUCCCAAAUGGCACCGAUUCCUACAUAGUGCACUAGUUUGGACCAGAGCCCUAUAUAGGAGGCUAUCUAGGACAGAAACAAAUUCAUUCCAGCUGAGCUCACCAUGACAACGCUGUAAUGUUAAUCUUUUUGAACCCUGCCCCAAUGCCGAUCUAACCAUUCAUGACGUCUCACUCGCUGGUUGGCUGUACGCGACGCAGAACCCCGGAAGACUUUACUUCGCCCAAUUUGUACAAGGGUCGCCACUAGUUACCACAGACACAAAGUCACAAAAAAACGCCGCCUAUUUCUCUUAAUUAAAUAUUUUAUUUUAAACCUUAACCACACUGCUAACCUUAUACCUAACCCUAAAUUAAGAGCAAACAUCUCAUUUUUGUAUGAAUUUAUACAAUAGAGCCAAUUUUACUUUGUGACUGUGGCAUCUAGUGGAAACUCAGCAUAAAAUGCAACAUUACUGACCUCUCAUUUGUAACUAAAGGGUUCUUCAGUACAGCAACUAUCGACAAGAGACCCCUUCCACAACCCCAAGAUCUUCAAAGCAACAAUAUUUCAGUGAUAAAAUUUACAUCGCAUCAGUAACAAGGAAGACAUCUGAUUAUACCCAUAACGGAAGUGAAUUUUUUGCGAAUUGAAUUUUAUCCGUGAGAUCGGGUAGUUGUCUCCGCAGUGAUGUUUCAGAUCAACAGAAUUUGCUGUAUAGGAGCAGGCUAUGUGGGAGGACCAACCUGCAGUGUCAUCGCCCACAUGUGUCCAGAGAUCCAAGUGACCGUGGUCGACGUCAACGAAUCACGGAUCAACGCCUGGAACUCUGACACACUGCCCAUAUACGAGCCAGGGUUGAAGGAGGUAGUGGAGUCAUGCCGAGGGAAGAAUCUCUUCUUCUCUACAGAUAUAGAUUCUGCCAUCAGAGAUGCUGACCUCGUCUUCAUAUCAGUGAACACCCCCACAAAGACCUAUGGGAUGGGGAAGGGGCGUGCAGCCGACCUAAAGUACAUUGAGGCCUGUGCUCGCCGCAUCGUAGAGGUUUCCAACGGUUACAAGAUCGUCACGGAGAAGAGCACGGUUCCUGUCCGGGCGGCUGAGAGCAUCAGGCGAAUAUUUGACUCCAACACCAAACCCCACCUCCACCUGCAGGUGCUGUCCAACCCAGAGUUCCUGGCUGAGGGUACGGCGGUGCGUGACCUGAAGGUGCCAGACCGCGUUCUGAUUGGUGGAGACGAGACGGCUGAGGGUCAGAGGGCGAUCAGGGCUCUGUGUGACGUGUACGAACGCUGGGUCCCCAAGGCCCGCAUCAUCACCACCAACACCUGGUCCUCAGAACUCCAAACUCCAAACUGGGAUUAACUGGCUGCCAAUGCGUUUCUAGCCCAGCGGAUCAGCAGUAUCAACAGUAUCAGUGCUCUGUGUGAGUCAACGGGGGCUGACGUAGAGGAGGUGGCUCUAGCCAUCGGCAUGGACCAGAGGAUAGGCAGCAAGUUCCUGAAGGCCAGCGUGGGGUUUGGUGGUAGUUGUUUCCAGAAGGAUGUAUUAAACCUGGUUUAUCUUCCUCCUCCUCCUCUCCCUCCUCCUCCCUCUCUCCAGGUGAUUGAUAUGAACGAGUACCAACGGAGGAGGUUUGCAUGUCGUAUCAUUGACUGUCUGUUUAACACAGUGACAGGGAAGAAGAUCGCUCUGCUGGGAUUCUCCUUUAAGAAAGACACUGGAGACACCAGGGAGUCUUCUAGUAUCUAUAUAUCUAAGUACCUGAUGGACGAGGGAGCCAAGCUCCACAUCUACGACCCUAAAGUCCUGAAGGAGCAGAUCAUUCUGGACCUCUCUCAACCACACAUCUCUGAAGACCCUCACAGAGUGUCUGAGCUGGUCACAGUGUCAGUGGAUCCCUACCAGGCCUGUCAGGGGGCUCACGCUCUGGUCGUCUGCACCGAGUGGGACAUGUUCAAGGAGCUGGACUAUGAGAUGAUCUAUGACCACAUGUUGAAGCCAGCGUUUCUGUUUGACGGCCGACGCCUGUUGGACCAGCUCCACCCCCGCCUGCAGAACAUUGGCUUCCAGAUCGAAACCAUCGGUAAGAAGCUGACGACAUCUCGUAUCCCCUACACACCCACGGCCGGAGUCCCUCGUACCAGCAUCACCCCUGAACCCCCGACCAAGAAGCCCAAAGUCUGACACACACCCCCCUCAGCAUCACCCCCCCCCUCCUUAUCUACCAUUCUUCCUCUACGAGGACAAUCAUUGAUACUCAAUACGUUUUGAUGCUGCCGGUUUUAUUUCCUGUUAUAACUGACCAAUCACAUUAAUACUGCCUCUCAUUUCCUGUUAUAACUAGCCAAUCACAUUAAUACUGUAUAUCAUUUCCUGUUAUAACUGGCCAAUCACGUUAAUACUGUAUAUCAUUUCCUGUUAUAACUGACCAAUCACAUUUAAUUAAUGGUCUCUCAUUUCCUGUUAUAACUGGCCAAUCACAUUAAUACUGUCUCAUUUCCUGUUAUAACGAGCCAAUCACGUUAAUACUGUCUCAUUUCCUGUUUGUAACUGGCCAAUCACUGGUUCCGAUUUUAUACAGACAGAAAUAGCGUGAGUCUUAAAUAAUGUCCCCUUUCAUGGUGCUCUCCUGGUCCAACGUACGGCACUAUAGAGGUGUCAUUUCCGAUUGAACAGAUCCUUUAAUAUCCUGCCUUUUUAUAUAGACGGGUGAUGUCAUCAACCUGCGACCUAAAUAAAACCAGAUGUCAACUGUC